AUGCGCAAAUCCGUGUUCACAGACCCUCCGCACAGCGAUGUUUUCAUAACGUCCACACACACCAUCUCCAAGUGUCUCAGGCUCAAGGCGAUUCAUAUAUUUCGAGGCGAUCAUUGGCCUACGAAAAGCACAUUUAAACAACAAUCUGACCUUGCACUGCUAUAUCUGCACAAGGAAACCACUGGCCGAUACAUCGUCAAGUUCAAGGACGAUGCCACUGCCGCCUCCGAUAAUGAUAUCCUAAGAAUCGCCGGUGUAGCGACUAGAAGUAUCUACUCUGAGGUCUCCCAAGGCUUUUCUGCUGCCUUGACCUCUGAGGCUCUUCAGCUCAAUCGCGAGCGCACCGACGUCGAAUAUAUUGAGGAAGAUGGUACCGGGAACUGGAUUGCUGGCGUCGAGGCCACGAACAGCACGAAUGACUGGAUUGACCAGGCCGAUGCCACCUGGGACAUUGCCCGAGUCGCCAACAAGUCGCCCGGCGUGUCGACAUACAGCUACCACAAGGCGGCAGGCGAGGGUAUGUGCGCGUACAUUGUCGAUACGGGUAUUGAUGACAAGCACCCGGAAUUCGAGGGGCGCGCCAAGCAGAUCAAGAGUUUUGUAUCCGGAACAACCGACGAUAAUGGCCAUAGAACACACUGUGCUGGCACAAUUGGCAGCAAGACGUAUGGCCUUGCAAAGAAGGCCACACUCUUCGGCAACAAGGUACUCGAUAAAAAGGGCCAGGGUACCAUGGAUGGUAUCAUGUCUGGUUGCGACUUCGUACUUAAGGAGGAGCCUGAUAGAAAGUGCAAGGCGGUUCUGACCAACUUCUCUCUUGGCGGUGGCAAGCACAAGGCGAUGAAUGACGCCGCCGCCGGCAUCGUCAAAAAGGGACACUUCAUGGCCGCAGCCGCCAGAAACUCUAAUAAGGAUGCUGCAGACUUCUCCCCUACAUCUGAGCCUUCUAUUUGCACUGUUGGCGCCACAGACAGCAGUGACCAGAAGGCCAGGUUCUCCAACUUUGGCUCCGUCGUUGAUAUCCAAGCCCCUUGCGUUGACGCUGUGUCGACCAUUCCUGGAGGUGAAACAUAUCCCGCGUCUGGAACCUCCAUGGCAUGCCCGCACGUUGUUGGCCAGGCAGCUGUUCUGAUUUCGCAGGGUCUGGCUAAGAGUACUGACGCUUGCGAGAAGAUGAAGGAAAUGGCACUUGAUGCUGCCAAGGGUUUCCCCUCCGGAACUACGUCUAAGCUGCUCUUCAACGGAAACCCUGGUGCCAAGUAA